GCUUCUUCAAAGCGGGACUGCAGGUCGAGGUUGGUGCUGCCAGUGUCGGUGUGUGGCGUGUCACCUCUUCGUGAGCCUCCUCCUGCCUCGUUUCCUCGCGCUGUGGCGGUGGUGUUUGUAGAGAUGAGCAUUGCUGGAUAGUCACUGGAGCUUCGCCAAUAUUGUUGUGCGACAAAAAUACUGCUGCAGUUUGCAAGAAAACAUCACAACCGGGGGUGUUGGUACUCUGCCUGUAGGCUGGCUGCUGGAUCCGACGACAUCUGAGAAGCAGCAACAAUAUAGCAGGAGCAAUAUUAGCAGAGGGGCGGGAAACAACUACCAACGGCGGCGGCGGCAGCAGCAGCAGCAGCAGCAGCAGCAGCAGCAGCAGCAGCAGCAGCAGCCAAUCCCGCCGCAACUAACUCUCCAGGAAACCCCACCGCUCAGCCCGCGGGGACAUCAUGCUCAUCCUGCCGCAGGGCAUAACGCCGUCCAAUGCUGCACUGGGCGCGCUCGGCGUGAUGGCGGCGCCGGCCCUGGCGUGGUUCGUCCAGCCCCUGGUCUCCGCGAGGACUUACCGGCGAAGGAGCUUCGAGUCCGAAGACUUUUUCUGGGGCGUCGGGCGAGGCGGAGAGAAAUCAAACAAGGAGGCUUUUCCCGUCUGCGGGGACCCUCCAAGUAAGACUCUCAGCGUGAUCGUGCCCGCACACAACGAGGAGGAUAGGCUUCCGGGGAUGCUCAAGGAUACCUUCACCUACCUCAACACUCGCCGAAAAACUGCAGACAGCUCCUUCACCUACGAGGUGAUCGUUGUUGACGACGGUUCCACCGACGGCACCGCGGCGGAGGUGUACCGCUGGGUGGAGAGGCUCGGCACUGACGUGGUCCGGCUCUUGACUCUCAAGGAGAACCAGGGGAAAGGGGCAGCAGUCGGGAAGGGCAUGCUGCGGAUGCGGGGAAAGUACGGUCUAAUGGUGGACGCAGACGCUGCUACUGAGAUCCAAGACCUCGACAGGCUGCUGAUCCGCAUGCGUGACGUCGAGACGACUGGGGUCGGGGCGGGGGUCCGCGGGGCUGCAGUGGGGGAAGGGGGGCCCGGAAAGAAGCACGGGCUUGUGGUGGGAAGCAGGGCACACAUGGAGGGAGAGGCGGUGGCAAAGAGAGCCCUGCACCGGACAAUAUUGAUGUUCGUUUUUCAUUGGUGUGUGUCGAUCCUCUGCACCCGGACCAUCAAGGACACGCAGUGCGGGUUCAAGCUCUUCACCAGAGAUACAGCGGUCUUGGUGUUCAGCUCGCUGCACCUACAGCGAUGGGCCUUCGACAUCGAGCUCAUCUACAUCUGCCAGCUCAUGGGGGUGCCGAUGGCGGAGGUAGCAGUGAACUGGCGCGAGGUUCCCGGAUCCAAGCUCAUCCGCUCCAAGCUCGACGUCAUCACCACAUCUGCGACGAUGCUCAGAGACAUGAUGUGCGUCCGCCUUUGCUACGUGCUGGGCGUGUGGGCCGUCGCAGAGCAGCCUUCGGGAGAGGGCAAGAAGCGCCGAUGAAGCGAGGGGGAUGUGUGAGCAUUGGCGGAGGCUUGGGGCGGUGUUGAGAAACAAUGAUAGCGACCAGUACUUUCCUUUACAGGGAGACAGACUAUCAUACUACUUGUUAUAAGAAUAGCAACAACGGGCUGAAGAGAGAGAAUUAAGACUUUGAUCGUUCCGGCCAUGAGAAUAACGUGCUGUGUUCAUAGAGCUUCUUUUUAGGAGGUAACAAGAUGGUGUUUUUGGCUUGCCACGACCCUCUAUUAUUAACGGCAGCUAAAUAGUCACUGGGCUGCCCUCUGCUGGCGUUUCUGUACCGUGGGGCAUGGUGAAGUGCACGUCCGCCGACUACGCUUGUCCUGAACACGUCGGCCUUACGGUACUCUUUUGUUGUAACAAGAGUCGACGGAGACAUGCGCAGAAAAAGGUUGCUGCGUUUGCAAUGGGCUCCGCUGUUUUGCGAGAUAAUCUGAAACCGCCGCAUGACGCGCGAUGGGAAACAAACGCAUUGCCUACACGUGUCAUGGUUGUGUUUCCGAAGAUUCUUUUUUUUUCCGUGCGGCAUUUUCGCUGAUUGGUGUGUGUAGCGCACGUGGUUGGAUUUUCGUCAAGUGCACGUCGCUCAUUCCCGCCUCUUGCUGCUGGGUUGUUUGUUGUUUGCUCCAACGCUCCAACCCAAGGCGGUGUGUUGGCAAGUGGAGAGAAGUCUGACACCACGCCAGUCACCACUUUCAACAAGAAUCUUCACAUGGGGACCAUCGCGUUCUCGUUCGUGCACACCA